ACGAAAGGUGGCAGAGCAAACGCCAUGUUGACGGCGUUGGCCUGGCCCUUUAAGGAAAGCAAGGCGAAGAAACUCCUGAGCGAGUUGAAGCAGUACAAGGACACAAUCAGUUUGGCGUUGGCCACGGAGUCUAUUUGGGAUACUAAGGCAAUCUUUGCCACCCUAACAGAGAUGCAGCAGCAUGAAGUCUACAAAUGGCUCUAUGUCACGGAUCUGUCUCCGUUGCAUCACAAGGUAGGUGAUUGCUACGAGGCCGGGACUGGCGACUUGGUAUUUCGUUCAGACCAGUGGAAAUCUUGGCUGGAAGGCGAUUCACGUUCGGUUUGGAUCCAUGGAAUCCCUGGAGCCGGCAAGACCAUCUUGGCAUCGCAUAUAAUUGAGGCACUCACUAUACAGUUUGAUGAGAUAGACAACACUUGUGUCGUCUACUACUAUUACUACUAUGGCCACAACCAAGAUGAAGCCGCGCCAUUUCUGAAGUGGGUUCCCAACCAGCUUUGCCGUCGGGCAGAGAAGGUCCCCGGCUACCUCUACAAGCUCUACUCUCUUGGCUCAGAGCCUAGUUUUAGCAGUCUUCUCCGCGCCUUUGAGGAAAUCACGGAUACCUUUGACAGGGUAUUUCUCGUUGUGGAUGCCGUGGACGAAAGCAUGCCACGACAAAACAUUCUCAGAGCUAUUAGGGAUCUUGCAACCGACGAAAGGUUCCGAAACGUCCAUAUCCUUUUGAUUAGUCGAGAGUAUAUCGAUAUUGAA